UUUGCCUUGUUGUUAUCCCCCAGCUUCUUUCACCGUCAUAACAAGCGGGGCCGGGUCUGGUCGACGCCCUCUAUUGCAUGUGCAAUAAUUAACUAGGUAGGACGUACGGCACUAUGAAACGAUCGUAAGACCCAAAGAAUUCAUGAAAUUAGAAAAUACUCCGCGCGUUGGCACUUUUGUUCGUGCAGGAUCCUGCUGGGAAGUAAAUCCGGCCUCGGAGACGCUGUCCCACACCUCGACAAGCUCCAGCGCCUUGGCGAGAGGCACGAACGGCUUGACGUCCAAGGCGGCGAAUGCCUGCUUCAGGGCUUCGGGCUUCAGCCCCAGCACUCUCCCCAACAGGACAUGGCGGUACGGGAGAGUAGCGUUGCAGGGUGAGAUCCGUGCCCUGGUCCUGCGCGAUUGCCGCCGUCAGGGCAUUGAAGCUGAGCAGUUUGAGCCCCAGCGCGGCCAGCAGGACGGGCACGUGGCCGGUGAUUUUCUCACGGGUCUUUUUGGCGAGAUAGUUGUCGUUCUCAUCGGCGGCACAGACUCGGUCCAACCCCGAGCAGGCCAUGGGUCAAGAACAGCUAGCUAUACAGCGAAGGCGAGCCCCGACGUGGCAAUAGGGUCCCAGAGCGUGAGCAGGUUGGGCACCGCGUAUCCCGUCAGGCCGACAAGCUUCUUGAGGGCGACGAGCUGGUGCAAGAAGUCGGGGCUGAUGUUGGGGACGCUGUCCACCUUGCAUUCCUCAUCCCACUCGCAACACUGCUGGCCCAGCAAGUGUCGACGAGGGGUUUGAAACGGCACGGCACGUGGUGACGACGGUGGCAGGAGUGGCCAUGAUUGCAUUUUGCCUGGUCACAGGGCGUCCCGGCCGAGCCCGUCCCGAUCUUAGUCUGCAGGAAAUUGUACGUCAAUUGGAUGGACCGCAUGAUGACGACGUCGAGGCCCUUGGGCACGUUGGGGUUGAUGUAUUCGGUCUUGAGGAGGUCAGCCAGAUCGGAGUAGGCAGUACCUGACCGAGGGAGAAACUGCGCUGACGAUCGUGAGGCCGCUCCCCUUUGUAUUGU